GGAGGAAGAAGUUGUCCACCCCGCGCUGCCGGAGCUCUGGGAACACCGAGAGAGGACUCCACGGAGGAAGCUCCACUUUUCUUCUGUGACCAGAGGACGACCUGUGAAGCUGAAUGGGAAGAGAGUAGCGGGGUGAAAUCCAAGAGGAGGGAUAAAACCUACCUACUAUCACCUUGUAGCUCAGCGCGGUGUGUGACUCCUCGAGCCAGCGUGCGACACCGCUGCACUGGAUAGUGUCUGGAGCAAACAAGGGAAUGACAUAAACACACCCGGAGAUGGUUUACUACCCGCGGGGACCUUCAGAAACACUACUGCUGCUGCUGCUGUGAACUUUUCUGCGGUAAAACUCUAGUGGGAUUACGAAAAGCGCGUCUUCUUCUCAUCAGAUAAGGGAUUAGCUAUGCCGGACCAAAUCACGGUUUCAGAGUUUGUGGCAGAGACGAAUGAAGAUUAUAAAUCCCCGACUGCCUCUAACUUCACUACCAGGAUGUCCCACUGCAGGAAUACAGUGGCUGCCCUGGAGGAGGCUCUGGAUGUGGACCGCAGUGUUCUGUACAAGAUGAAGAAGUCUGUGAAGGCCAUCUACACGUCUGGUCUGGCCCAUGUAGAGAACGAGGAGCAGUACACUCAGGCCCUGGAGAAGUUUGGAGAAAACUGCGUGUACAGAGACGAUCCGGAUCUGGGUUCAGCUUUCCUCAAGUUCUCCGUCUUCACCAAGGAGCUCACUGCGCUCUUCAAAAACCUGUUCCAAAACAUGAACAACAUCAUCACCUUCCCUCUGGACAGCCUGCUGAAAGGAGACCUGAAGGGAGUCAAAGGGGAUCUGAAAAAGCCCUUUGACAAAGCAUGGAAGGACUACGAAACAAAAGUCACCAAGAUAGAGAAGGAGAAGAAGGAGCACGCGAGGCAGCACGGGAUGAUCAGGACGGAAAUCAGUGGGGCGGAAAUCGCCGAGGAGAUGGAGAAGGAGAGGAGAUUUUUCCAGCUGCAGAUGUGUGAGUAUCUGCUCAAAGUCAAUGAGAUCAAAAUCAAGAAGGGGGUGGACCUGCUGCAGAACCUCAUCAAGUACUUCCACGCACAGUGCAAUUUCUUCCAGGAUGGUCUGAAAGCUGUAGACAACCUGAAACCUUCCAUAGAGAAACUGGCCACAGAUCUGCACACGAUAAAGCAGGUGCAGGAUGAGGAGAGGAAACAGCUGACUCAGUUACGAGACGUCCUCAAGUCGGCCCUACAGGUGGAGCAGAAAGAGUCUAGGAGAGAUUCACAGGUGCGACAGAGUACCACCUACAGCCUGCACCAGCCACAGGGUAACAAGGAGCAUGGCACAGAGCGCAGCGGGUACCUUUACAAGAAAAGUGACGGGCUGAGGAAAGUGUGGCAGAAGAGAAAAUGCACAGCGAAGAAUGGAUACCUCACCAUAUCACACGGCACAGCUAACCGGCCGCCAGCUAAACUCAACCUGCUCACCUGCCAGGUGAAACACAAUCCUGAAGAGAAGAGAAGCUUCGACCUCAUAUCCCACGACAGAACAUAUCACUUUCAGGCCGAGGACGACCAGGACUGUCAGAUCUGGAUCUCGGUGCUACAGAACAGCAAAGAGGAGGCGCUGAAUCAGGCCUUCAAAGGGGACCAGCAUGUUGGAGAGAACAACAUUGUUCAGGAGCUAACCAAGGCAAUCCUGGGAGAGGUGAAGAGGAUGACGGGAAAUGACGUAUGCUGUGACUGCGGAGCGCCUAAUCCAACGUGGCUGUCCACCAACCUGGGCAUCCUCACCUGUAUUGAAUGUUCGGGGAUCCACAGGGAGCUCGGAGUCCACUACUCCAGGAUCCAGUCCCUCACUCUGGAUGUACUCAGCACCUCAGAGCUCUUGCUGGCCAAGAAUGUGGGGAAUGCAGGCUUUAAUGAAAUCAUGGAGGCCUGUUUAAGCGCUGAAAAUGUGGUGAAACCCAACCCAGCCAGUGACAUGCAGGCGAGGAAAGACUUCAUCACAGCCAAAUACACAGAGAAACGCUUUGCCAGGAAGAAGUGUCCCGAUGCGACGUCGCGGCUCCACACGUUGUGUGACGCAGUGAAGGCCCGGGACAUCUUCUCCCUCAUCCAGGUCUACGCCGAGGGAGUGGACCUCAUGGAGCCCAUACCUCUGGCCAACGGACAUGAACAAGGAGAGACGGCGCUUCAUCUCGCAGUCAGACUGGUGGAUAGAACGUCUCUUCACAUCGUCGACUUCCUCACUCAGAACAGUUUGAAUUUGGACAAGCAGACGGCCAAAGGCAGCACAGCGCUGCACUACUGCUGCCUGACCGACAACAGCGAGUGUCUGAAGCUGCUGCUGCGGGGGAAGGCCUCCAUAGAGAUCGCUAAUGAGGCCGGGGAGACACCGCUGGAUAUCGCCCGGAGGCUUAAACACCUACAGUGUGAAGAGCUGUUGAACCAAGCGCUGGCAGGGAAAUUCAACGCCCACGUCCAUGUUGAAUAUGAAUGGUGCCUGCAGCCUGAAGACUUGGAUGAAAGUGACGAAGAUCUGGAUGAGAAGCCCAGCCCUCAUCGCAGAGACGAGCGUCCGGUCAGCUGCUACACCCCGAGCAGCAACUCCCAUCUCCAGGCCGGUUUGGGCUCUGCGGGCCGGGACGGCAUCGGCCUCGUCAAGGACAAGCAGCGUGCCUACAUGCCCAACCUGGUCAACAACGAGACAUACGGCACCAUCCUCAACGCCAGCCCGCCUCAGUCUGCAACAACCUCUGCUCCACCCCUGCCCCCGAGAAACCUGGUCCAGUUAUCCGGUCUGGGGGGGAUCGGUCAGUCUUCAGUGUCCAGCAGCUGGAAGCCCGGUUCUUUAGACUUGGUUGGCAGACAGAGGUCGUCUUCAGACCCCCCCAACAUGCACCCUCCUGUCCCCCCCAUGAGACUCACUUCAACUGGAGGUCUGGGUCCUCCUGUGGCGAAGAUGGAGUCCAUGGGCAUACAGUCCAAGUCAAGCCAGGGGCCGCUGGGAUCCAGAGCAGUACCACCUAAAUCUCCUGCAGGCAACGAUAAAAGCUUCAACAGACCUCUUAAUCGAACAGUGUCCAUAGAAAGACCAGCUAAGGAAGUGCCAGGAUGCCCCCAGAACUCCAUAGGUCAGUCUCUGCCUCCAGCCCCCACGCCGAGGAAGGCCUACCCAAAGCAGAGGCCGAAGCGAGUAAAAGCCAUCUACAACUGUGUAGCCGACAACCCAGACGAGCUGACCUUCUCUGAGGGCGAGGUGAUCAUAGUGGACGGAGAGGAGGACCAGGAGUGGUGGCUGGGUCACAUUGAAGGUGAUCCGAUGAGAAGAGGAGCCUUCCCGGUGACAUUUGUACACUUCAUCCCUGACUGAAAGCUUCCUCUCUGGGUCUCAGGAAGUGUCGCAGGAUGCGGCGUCCCUCCUUCACCUGUCUCUAUCCAAAACCAGCCAGCAAAUCAUCCAGCUUGGUCCCAGUGUUUGUUGUCGACAUCAUCACCUUCAUCAUCAGCGAGCUUCGUAAAGUGUCACUGCUGUAUCGUCACCUCGGCUGCAACUUUGUGUGGGCGUCGGCGCGGCAACCGUAGCAGAAAGUCAGGGUGUCGCUCCUGGCAAGGCCUCGUGGGACUCUGAGUGGUUUUAAUGCUUGCUGUUAAUGUUUCUGACAAAGACUCCUAAGAUUUAAAAACAAUGAUUGUAGUGAAUGACCUCUCGCAAUAAAUGCACUUUGCUUGUCCUCACCCCUGUUACAAAACAUCAGACGACAUGUGACAUAAUGAAGGUUAAUGUACAGUAUUCAUUUCAUCCAAGUUCUGUUGAGCUGCGUUGUACAGAUAGAACUGAAAAGGCUCCAGCAAUGUAUUUUAACUUACUUACAACUGUAAAUGUGAACACAGUCAACAUGCUUACGCGCCACCUCUGUGCAUGAGCGAUUUUAAAUGCCUACCUGCUUAUAGGUGCGACCUUUCAACCCUGGAGUAGGCCUCCUGUGUGGAGGCUUGUCUAAUGGUGCUACGUUAACCCCUGCAAUAUGCUAGAAGCUGCACCCGAGGGAGCGCUUCCCUGUCCUCGUUUCAAAGACAGACAGACAUUGAAAGGGGGCGACAAUAAUGUAAAAAUAGCCUCCGACUCCUCACACCUGGGAGAAGCCGCUCGCUCACAGGUGUGUAGUGAUGGAGCAGCUUUUCCACACACACACACACACACACUGCCUGUACUGUUUCAUCGUAGAGGAUUAUAUUCAACAGUCCUUCCUCCCGUGCAGUUAGAGGUUGGAUGGUGACACUGACUGCAGCCAGUAAUUACAUUCAUGCAGAGUCUGACACUUUGCGCUGUCAUCUGCCUUAUUAGAGGAACAGGAAGUGUGUGUGUGUGUGUGUGUGUGUGUGUGUGUGUGUGUGUGUGUGUGUGUGUGUGUGCGCAGAAUAAGCUGAGACUGAAACAAUAUUGAAGUAAAGAAAUAAAGAGGGCGUGGGAAUGGAAUGAAGAGCAGGAGUUAACUCUCUGACUAAUGUUGCUUCCUCUUUUCUCUGUUCACAAAUGAGUCUCUAUCUCUAAAGAAAUAGCCUUCCUGCAGCUUCAGCCUACUCCUAUCUGUGCGUCUCUGGGGUCCCAUGAUGUAGAAAGAUGAGUUUAUCAAUAGUGUUAUGAAAUAAUUAUCAAACAUCCAAUGUAAUUAACUUCCUUUUGGUUGCAGAGCAACUUUCUCUCUGUUCAUAAUGUUGAUAUUUAGGCAUUUAACCUGAAACCAGAGCCUUUCCGUGGAUUUGUGAAUGACGAGAAGAGAAGCGUGUGAAUCGUACAGUAGCUCUCUUCAUCACGUUUAAUAUGAACUCACUGGAAACAGGAAGAUUUAAUAAUCUAUUCGUGUAAAUAGAUUUGAUUUUGUUGAUAUUUAUAUGUUUAAAAAAAAAGAAGACUUAACCUGGGCAGAAAAUGUCUUUUAAUGCGCUGUGGUGAUGAGCAGAUGCAACCUCAGCUGGACCUGUGUGUGCUGAAAACACAAAUACACACACACACUUAACUGGGAAAAUAAACUUAAUUCAUUCUUGUCAACUGUCUGUGGAUCACUGCAUCGACUCUUAACUCUGUUGUGCAAGUAAAUGGGAAAACUGGAAUAAUAAAAUAUGAAGUAAUACGA